AAUAUUCUAUGCGGAAUAAUUUACGACGCCAUCAUUAUUAUUAGCUUCUGUAGCAACCAACUUCAAGAAAGGGAAGAAACGAAAAAUAUCGAAAAUGCCACCAAAAAAGAAAAAAGGAAAGGGAAAGAAAAAGGCAUCCAAAAAGGAUGAUGCAAAACUAGAGUUGGAAGAUAGUUAUAAACGAACAUUAGAUGAAAUAGCUGCACUGAAGGAUCACCUUGCUGUUCGCAGGGACUUGACAAGAAGAGCACAGUCAGCCAGCUUAGACAUUACAAAGAGAAUGGAGGAGACAGAAAGACUUUUAAAAGAACACAAGGAAGAUCAAAAAGAUAUUAAUGCAGACAUGACUAGGCAGUACAAAACUAUGCAGACAGAGAUGGGUCUUCGAAUACAUCAACUUGAGACAGAGCUUGGACGCACUAGAACUCAGCUAAGUGCUACUGAGGCAGAACUGAAAAAAAGUUAUGAAGAUCGCAAGAAAAUGAUAGAUGAGAAAGAUAAUAUCAUUAAAGAUUUAAAAUUGAAAAUAGAUUCCAUGGAGAAAGCUUAUGAUAAUGUUUUAAGGGAAGCUCUUGACAACUUGAUAAUAAAAUUGGAUGCUGCAAAACUUUUAUGGGACCAACACUCAUCUUUGAUACAAUCUAAAAAUAAACAAACAUUGUUGGAGUUUGGUUUGAACCCUCAGGAUAUAUAAAUCUACUCUGAGGUCAUUUUGAUACUUGGAUGCUAAAUAAUCAAAGCUACUCAUACAUUGAGAUGACACUGAUGUUCAAGAAAUUAAACAAGCCAUUAAACAUCAAAUUCUUUUGAAUACUAUUUUAUUGCCAUUUCUCUAUUCAGCUUGCAAAUUCUUCAUCAGUAAACUAUGGGCAGAACCUGAAACUUGGACACAGAUCUCCAAAACCACUAUAACAAAUUUCCCUAGAAAGCAGCUUUAAGCAUGAAGGAGUUAAGCUGUUACAUUAUGUACUAUAAUGCCUGUAAUUUAAGCCAUAAAAUGUUAUUUAUUGUAAUCUGUUAUUGUAAAUACUAAAAAAUAAAAUAAAAAUUAGAAUACAUGUGA